AUGUCUUACUACGAGCCCCAGGGCUGGCAAGCGCCUGCUGCGCGCCAGGUGUCGUGGGAACAGCCUGCUCCCCCGUCACGAUCCGGAUCCAGCUCCGUCUCUCAGCGCGACGAUAUCCCGGCCUUUUCCUCCCAGUUCGACGAGGUCGACCGCGCAAUUGAUAACUUGGUCAAGAGUGGAAAACUGUGGACCACUCCGCGAAGGGACUCGAUGCCUAUGAUGAUGGGUCGCCCCUACCCCGACUACGCCGAUCCUCGCGCCAUGGGAAGUGCAAACCAACGUCACCAUUCGAUUAGCGACUUCGAUGGAUCUCGUAUGCACCCGAACCCGAACGUGCAGGGCUUCUAUGCCUCCCAGCGUUUUCAGGGCCGCCCAAAUGAAGUAGAGCAGAUGAUGCAAGCAAAGCGUCGGAUGGCAGCGCAGCGUGAGAGGGAGCUCCGCAACUAUCACCAGGAGCAACAGUACAACCGAAGCCUCCUUGCCGAGAUGUCUGGAAACAAAUCCGACCGUUCGCUCAGCCCUGCCGCCAUGAGUGAGGAAAGCCGUCGCGAUCUCUUGGCCCGUCAACACAGGGCUCUAUACGGAAACGAAAGCCCGGCGUUUUUCCCUCCCGGCACCCUGGAUGAUCACUCGCGACCAGAGAGCCAGGCCGGGGGCACUCCCACUGCGACUGGCGUCCGCGGCCCAUCUCCCCGCGGCGUUGAUCCUUUCGGUCUCGCCCAAACCCCGGUCCAAGCUAGCAGCGACGGGGCUGUCCAGGCUGCUGCCAACGCCUCGACCCUGCAGUCUCCGACCCGCGCCAACAGUGCCUCCUCCCCUAGCUCCGGCAUCAACCCCGUAUUCGGCGCCGACCAGCCGGUGACCUCCACCUCUUCUCCCGGCGGAGCUGACUCUCCGUCCUCCCGGUCUGCCCCGUCCAAGUCCGCUGCCGGAUUCAUUGGCUCUGUGGGACCUAUUGGCUCUCGUCCCAUCCAGCAAGCCGGUCCCGUGCAGAUGCCCAACCCGGCUCUGAACAAGCGCUCCACCACCCCUUUGCCCUCUCCCUUGGGAUUUGGCUUCACCACCGGUGAAGGAGUGGCCCCUGGAGUAGGCAACGAGCGCUCGGCUUCGACAACUUCAAACCCUGCCAGCACCGCUUCCUCGCUGAACCCCGGCGUCAAGGACUCCACCGGUGGAGUUGGCCUUGGGUGGGGCAACGGAAGUGGUGUCUGGGGCUCCAAGAAUGGACUGGGUGUGCAGGCUUCCGUCUGGGGUUAA